AUAGGUAGAACCUGAUUGAUAAAAAAUCUUGGUUUCAGUGGAGAAAUGUUUGGUUUCAAUAAAAAUUUAGUUUCCAUAAAAAAUACCUUGUUCAAAUUAAAAGAUUCAAAUAAGAAAAAUAGAACCAGCCAGAACCCUUCCAUUCUGAGGCUCUGAGACAACCUCAGAGGGCACAAUAAAAAUGACGCAUUUAUAAAAUGACACACUACGGUAAUAAACAUUUCCGCUUGUUCUUUAUUAGAGAUCAAUAAAGACUGAAUUAGGUACAUUAAAAUUCAUUUACCGUAAAAAAAGUAAAUGUGCAAUUUACAUUUAAAUAAACAACAAUGAAAAUUCCUGGUGACAUUGAGUCGAUAAUCUAGGCCUUGCCUACUCGUCUAGGCCCCCCCAUAUUGCCUAGACUCUUGUUUUUAUUUGUUUCCUACACGCUCUGCCGCCGAUAUGCUGCCUGCCGCAUAUCAAAACAUCCUCAGAUUCCUCAGCAGAUUUGCAUUUAUUUGUUUUCCUGCUAAUUUCGGAUCUUGCUCGUUUAGUCAAUUAAACCUUGUUUAAACAGUGGCUGUUUAACUGUUCUAGUAAAUGCUAGUAGCUAACUCAUCACGUUCGCUAUAACGAUGCGGCCUAGGGCAAUAAUUCCAGUGAUUUCCGCAUUGUUUUUCGUUGGUACAACCACAGCCCUUCAGUGCUACACCUGUGGGGGACAGGAAGAUGGAUCAACAUCCUGUGUAGAGUUUCAAAGUAAUGAACAUCCCGGCUAUGUGAAAGAUUGCGGAGCUGAUGGGAAAAGCUGUCGAUUGACUAGGGAAGUGAGCGAGAAUCGGAUUCUAAGUCGAAGCUGCGAAGCAAUUGAAUUAAACGAUUGCAAAACCGCCAACUCUAUUGAGUUCUGUUAUUGCACUAAAGAUUUGUGCAAUUCAAUGAGCCCGCCGGACGAUGAGGAAGAUGAUGAGGAGCAAGCCAAAAACAUUGAGGGCAGCGGGAGGAAGAGUGAGAGUGAGAAUGAGAUUGAAAAUCCUAUCAAGCCAAAUACACCCAAAGGGGACUUUUCAAUAGAGGAAAAUGAGGAAACCAAACCAAGUACCCAGAUAGGGAACUCUGGAACCCAACACCCACCUUCCAGUCGCUCAAUUGAUCAAUUUCGCGGGGCAUUCUUAAUCAUAGCUGUGACGCAUUUUCGCCUUUUCCUGCUAUAGAGUUAGCAACUAAUUGUUUUCGUGUGGUUGGCUUUUUAACCUGCGGCAUGCUCUCUGAAGAACCAAACCUGGCUGUUUUGAUACGAAAUUAACCGUACUGGCCUGUACAACAUGGUAUUCUGAAUGUGAUUUUACAUGUGCUUAAGCGCGGAUGGAAGUGUGUGUAAGUGUGUAGCUUUUAGUGUGCGUUGCCAGCAAUCGUAAACACCAUUUAUAACAAUUCCAGCCAUUAGUCUCUAAGUAGGAAUUGCGGCUUUUGUUAAUUUGCCUUAAUUAAUAUAAAUAAUCUAGUCAUUGCCAGUCUAUGGCGCUCGCUUAUGGUAACUGUUCGAAGCUGUCCACAGUGAAAAAGGCUUGGACAGGCCACUUAAUCAUUAUUAAUGUUUUUAGUCUUUAGAUCAUUCGUUUGUUCACGAUUCAUUAUGCAAUUGGCCAGUAUUACUUGUGCAGUAUUAUUAACUUAUUUAGGUACCUACUUCCACAUUCUCUCUUUUUUACACUAAUUUUACACAUUAAAUUAACACUAAUGGGGG